AUGAUCGACUCCGCAGCAAUGAGCGGCGCUCCGGUCGCCGAGGAUAACAUCAUCAACCGGCGUGGUGGGGAAUCAAUCUAUCAGAGUUGUGUCAACUUGAAGAGGCGGCUCUCAGAAGUCCCCAGCUUCGAACCUUUUCUGCAGGAGAUGGCUGAGGAGGAUCGCGAACGGGGUAACACCGAUCCUGUGUCUUCGUUGUGGAACUGUCUCCGGGCUGGGUACCCGCUACUCAGCAUCUACAAUGCUUCUGGUCCGGAAGAUGAGCUUAUUGUCGACCCUGCCAAAGUCCCCGAAGCGAAACGACCGAAAGCGGCAACCUUCAAGUUUUUGCAGGCAUGUCUACAGGACCUAGCCUUCCCCCAGCAAGAUUGCUUCCUGAUCACGGAUCUAUAUGGUGAGAGUACAACUGGUUUCAUCAAGGUCAUCAAAAUGGUGAAUCGUGUGGUGGACAUACUCGAGAUGCAAGGCCAGUUGAAGCGUCCGUCCGUGGCAGACGCGCCGGCCGGUGUGCAAGCAAACGUGAAGCUCACCAAGCGGGAACAUAUCCUGAAGGAGCUUUUGGAAACAGAGCGCGACUACGUUCACCAUCUCCAAAAUUUGCAGGCAUUGAAGAAGGAGUUGGAGGAGACAGGAGCACUGACCGGGGAUGCGAGUCAUCAAAUUUUCCUGAACCUUAACAACCUCUUGGACUUUGCGCAGCGAUUCUUGAUUCGAAUGGAGCAACACUACGCCCUGCCGGAGGAUAUGCAAAAUUGGGGCAGCCUCUUUGCCUCUCACGAAGAAGCCUUCCGACAGUAUGAACCUUUCAUCGCAAAUCAGAUGCGGUGCGACGAAGUCUGCCUCAAGGAGUGGGACAAAAUCAAGGUGGCUCCGCGUCAUAUAGACCUUCAACAAAUGGUUGCGCAACCAAAGACACUGAACGGAUUCUUCGUUAAGCCUUUCCAGCGCUUAACUAGGUACCCGCUUAUGUUGUCGGAGCUUCGCAAGCAAUUGGAAGAUGAGCAACUUCAGGCCGAUAUCACCCAUGCCAUCAAUACCAUUCAGAAUGUGCUAGAUUUCGCCAAUGAGGCAAUCCACAAGGAGCAUUUGGCUGCGGCAGUGGUAGAUUUAUCAGAGCGAGUCGAUGACUGGAAGACUCUGAAGAUGGACGCUUUUGGUGAUCUGCUUCGCUUUGGCACAUUCGCCGUGGUCAAGGGAGACAGUGGCAAGGACAAUGAGAGAGAGUAUCACAUCUUUUUAUUCGAGCGCAUUCUUCUGUGUUGCAAGGACAUCAACCCGAACAAACAGAAGACCAAGCUUAUGAUGAACAAAGACAAGCCCACCCUCAUAGGUAAAGGAAAGCCCCGUCUUCAAUUGAAAGGCCGCAUCUACAUGGCAAAUGUCACGGACAUCGUCUGCCUUCAGAAACCUGGCCUCUAUCGUAUUCAGAUCUUCUGGAAAGGCGAUCCGGGUGUUGUUGAUAACUUCAUCAUCCGCUACUCUAAUGAAGAUACCAUGAAGAAUUGGUACAAAGACAUUGACACCCAGCGGACAAUUCAAUCAGAACGUCGCACACUUCGAAACACUGGUACCUCUGACAGCGAAUUCACAUACAUGGAGGGGAUGGUGGCCCACAUGCCCAAUCCUUACCAGGCAGAGUAUGAUCAAGAUGAUGUCGGGCGAGAUGGACAGUAUCAUUCUGAAUUCACAAUGAGUCGAAAUGCCUCCAGCACCAGUCUCAGAACUCGGUCUGCCACCGGUGGCAGUACCAACUCUGGUCCUCACUCAAAUGGUCGAACCCGCUUUGGAGGGGCCGAUCCUUCACUCACCGUGCAUACCCAAUUACCUGGCAAUAUGUCGCCCGUUCCCAAUCCGGAUUCUCUUUCGGACGUCAAAAUACAAACUCGACAGGGGCAUCGUCCGUUUGGAACGAGGAAGCCCAUCGCUACACUGCGCCUGCCUUGUCCCGCGGCACCUCCCGAGAUGGCUCAACCCCGACGGGUUACUAUCCUCCCCCAACCAAUGGACGAUCUGCUCAACGUCCCUCAUUGCCUCCUAUGUCUGGAUCCCAUGGAACUCCCCUCUGCAAAUGGCACUGCCCAGCGCAUGCGUUCUGCCAGCAGCCCUGAUAUCCAUAAUAAUAUCAAUGGACCGCCUGAGACACGUCGGUAUAUGGGAGUGCACACCAUGCAGACUGUAGACAAUGUUCCGGUGCCCCCGAUUCCCGCCCACAUGGCGAACAUGAAGGCCCCGGUCAAUCGAAGCCAGAACAACUCUCCUACAAGUCAACUUCCUCUACGCACACAGCCUCCUCCUGUCCACACAACACAUUUCACCGAACCUCCUGUCCACACAACACAUUUCACCGAACCAGAGUAUAAUGACGCUCGUGGCUCGGGCCAACUCUCAGAUCCGGCCACAUCUCCCUUGACCCAGGAAGAAGGACUAGAGGAGAUUGACCCGUACAUGCCAACACAACUCAAAGCGAAGGUGAACUUUGAGGAUAACUAUGUCACGCUAGUGAUUGCGACUAACAUUCUCUUCCGUUCCCUGACGGAUCGCGUGGAUGCUAAGCUGGCUCGUUUCACCAACCGAUCUAUUGGUAACAAAACCGUGCGCUUGCGAUACCGGGACGAAGAUGGCGAUUUUGUCACCAUUGACAGCGACGAGGCCGUACAACUUGCAUUUAUGGAAUGGCGGGAGCAACACCGCGACAUGCUCGCGAAGGGAUUAGUUGGUGAAAUCCAGCUCUACUGCCAGGUGGUCGACUAG